AUGAAGGGGAUCCUGCGGUACUUGCGUGGCACCCUCGACUUCGGGCUCCUUCUACGCUGGUCCUCGACCAUGGAGCUUCGUGUCUACACCGAUGCCGACUGGGCGGGCUGUCCCGACACGCGUCGGUCCACCUCGGGCUAUGCCUUGUUCCUCGGGGACAACCUCGUCUCCUGUUUGUCCAAGCGCCAGCUGGUCGUCUCCCGCUCCAGAGCCGAGGCCGAGUAUCGCGUCAUGGUCUACCUCUCCACCUACCCCGUCCAACACCAGUGCACGAAGCAUGUCGAGAUCGAUCUUCACUUCGUCCGUGAACGAGUAGCCUGUGGAGCUGUUCGCGUUCUUCACGUGCCGACCACCUCCCAGUUCGCCGACAUCUUCACCAAAGGGCUUCCGUCGACGGUGUUUGCGGAGUUUCGGUCCAGGUUUCUUGUACACACAACUCUCUCUCUCACUGCCAUUAAUGUCAACGACUCCGUCACCAAGAGCAAGUUUGACAACUUGUAUGGUUGCCGCCACUCCCUCCCUGAUGGUCUGAUGAGGGCCACAGACGUUAUGAUUGCUGGCAAGGUUGCCGUGGUCUGUGGAUAUGGUGAUGUUGGCAAGGGCUGUGCUGCUGCACUCAAGCAGGCUGGUGCCCGUAUCAUCAUUACUGAGAUCGACCCCAUCUGUGCCCUCCUGGCUCUGAUGGAGGGUCUUCAGGUCCUUACCUUAGAGGAUGUUGUCUCUGAGGCUGACAUCUUUGUUACCACCACCGGCAACAAGGAUAUCAUCAUGGUUGACCACAUGAGGAAGAUGAAGAACAAUGCCAUUGUCUGCAACAUUGGCCAUUUUGACAAUGAAAUUGAUAUGCUCGGUCUUGAGACCUACCCUGGUGUCAAGCGCAUCACCAUCAAGCCCCAGAUUGACCGCUGGGUGUUCCCUGAGACCAACACUGGCAUCAUUAUCCUUGCAGAGGGCCGUCUGAUGAACCUUGGGUGUGCUACUGGCCAUCCUAGCUUUGUCAUGUCCUGCUCAUUCACUAACCAGGUCCUUGCCCAGCUUGAGCUGUGGAAGGAGAAGAACUCUGGCAAGUAUGAGAAGAAGGUAUAUGUGCUCCCCAAGCACCUUGAUGAGAAGGUUAAUGCUCUCCACUUGGGCAAGCAUGGUGCCAAGCUCACCAAGCUCACCAAGUCCCAGGCUGACUACAUCAGGGUGCCGAUCGAAGGUCCCUACAAGCUUGCUCACUACCGGUACUAGGCAGCCCAGCACGACAGGCAGCUUAUUCGGUCGGUACUGUGCUAUGAAGCUUGCUACACCGGCCUGCCAGUUAGUCUUUUGCAUGCAUAUAUGCAUUAUCAUAUAGACAGUCGCGCGAUGUUGUCGCUUGAGACGAGGGGGAAGCGAGAAGGGUAGGAACUGCUUGCUUUUGCUGAAGAAUAAUGUGUAAUUGGCUGGGACCUGGGAUGAGAUGAUGUUCGUUGCCACAUACAGUUUUCCCUUUGUUGACUGACUCUACUUGUAUGA